GACUCUGGGGAGACCAGUUCCAGUGGAGUGGUGGGGACAGAAACCAUGCUGGAGGGGACUGAGCAGGGAAUAAACAAUGAUGACUAAGCACCAGUGAGUUUGGACAACUAGGGAGGCUGAGUCAGAAGAGAGAGGGAAAGAAGCAAGGUCCACGUCCUGUAUUGAAUGCUGCCUCGAACACCUCUUUGGCACUAACAGGAUGUCAUUUAACCAGAGACGUGAAUGCUGAAGAAAUCUGAACAGCAGGUCCCCGCUUGAGCUCAAUCACAGAUGCAAGGACUUGACCUGGGACUUCAUCCAGGGUCAGGACCGUCUGUUCAGAAGGAAGCCGGUCUUCCCACCGUCCAGGCCAUUCCCACAGCAGCUCGGUCAAGUGGGCGGCCCGAAGAUGGCUAACUACACGUCUGUACCCGACGAUGACUACGACGUCCUCAUCGAGGGAGACCAGAAUAGCAAUGAAACCGUCCUACAGGGCGAUCUGGACAACGGUGACAUAGGACAGUGCCACCGAUAUGACCCCCAAGUCCUCUCGUCCUGGCUGGUGCCUCAGCUCUACACCACGGUGUCCCUGGUUGGCCUCCUGGACAACAUCUUGGUUGUGUUUAUCCUGGUAAAAUACAAAAGACUCCGACACGUGGAAAAUAUCUAUUUCCUAAACCUGGCACUGUCUAACCUGUGUUUCUUGCUUACCUUACCGUACUGGGCUCGUGCUGCCUCCCACGAGGAGAUUCGGGGCCACCCCACGUGUACAGUUUUCGUGACACUUUCCUCCGUGGGCCUGCACAGCGAGGCGCUUUUUAGUGCCCUUCUGACUCUGCACAGCUACCUGGUGUUUUCCCACGUGAGAGGCUUGUCGCUGGCCGCCAAGAGGGUGCCCUGUGGCGUCAUCGCCAGCGUCCUGGCGUGGCUGGCCGCCAUCCUGCUCACUGUGCCCGAGUUCCUGUUCCACGGGUGGCAGGUGGACAGCCAGCACCCCGCGUGCUCCCUGAGCAAGCCACACUUCCUGCCGGCCCGGGGGCCGUUCUGGGAGCACUUUCUGACCCUGAAGGUGAACGUGGCGGCGCUCCUCGUCCCGCUGCUGGUUUUCAUCGUCUGCUUCGUGCGGAUGAGAGAGACGCUGAGGUGCAGGGAGCGGAGGUCUGACCUGUUCAAGCUUGUCUUCGCCGUAAUGGCCGUCUUCCUUCUGAUGUGGGGACCCUACAAUGUCGCGCUGUUCCUGUCCACUUUCAAGGAGUCCUUCUCCCUGCACGACUGCAGGAGCGGCUACGACCUGGACAGGAGCAUCCAGGUGACCAGGAUCAUCGCCAGCACGCACUGCUGCGUCAACCCGCUCCUCCACGUGCUCCUCGACAAGGCCUUUCGGGACCGGCUCUGCUGCCUGUGUGGCGACGCCCCGCUCCCGCCCGCCGAGGGCCCUGCCCGAGCGCCGCCGCAGGCCGGAGGUGACCACUGCACUGCACUGUAACCCGGCCCCGCCAACGGCGGGACAGACGAACGCUGCUUUGUUCCUCACUGCUCUGUUUUAUAUGUCGUGGCUGUGGGUGAACUGUGCCCCCCCCAUGUUAUAUGUUGAAGCACUAACCCCCCAGGUGCUGCCAUUUGGGCACAGGGGCUUUGGGAGGCCAUUAGGGUUGGAUGCGGUUAGAGGGUGGGGCCUUCGUGAUGGGAUUAGCGCCCUCGGAGCAAGAGCAGAGGCUCCCUCAUUGUUCUGCACGCGUGCAUGAGGUCGGUUCAGGGAUGGGGGGUGAGCAGGCAUUUACCAAGCAUUGGCUUUGUCUCAGGUGCUGUGUUAGGCUCUUUACAAACGUGAACUUCACGCCUCGCUUCCCGUCCACGGUGUGUGGGUGGAAUUGGUCUCAUUUCUCUGCGGAGGAACCGGCAGCUCAAAAAUGUGUCUCAGACCGCAGAGUCGGAGAGGCAGGGCUGGGACACAGACCUCGUUGUUGUUCACUCCCGAGCCUGUGCUGUGUCCAGCCUUCCAAACUUCCAAAUACUGAGCAAGAAAACACAUGGAAUGAAUAUGUACUUUUGAAACCAGUCGGACCACAUUUCAUAUUAGAAGCGACCCAUUCUUCUAGAAGCAUUUCUUAGGCACGUGUUCUUGCAGACAGGUGAAGAGCCGCCUGGCGGGGGGCGCUGGACAAAGGCAGGUAGAGGACAUGGUCUGCGGCCCUUCUCUGGGUGUUCCUGGCUGCUCCCCCCGCCAGACCCUCAGGCGCCCUCAACUUGGGAGCCUCCCAUCUUUCUACUGCAUCUUUCUGUUAUUUAACAAUAGUAAGUGCACAAUAGGUUUAGGAAGAAAUAGUUAACGCAAUGCAUGUUUAGUCCUUUUCAGUGUAACAUAGGCCUCAGGCUUCACCAGCCUGUGACUAUAAAACAUCACAAGUGUUUGCGUGGGGAAAUCCAGUGCCCGCGUUUCUGUCACAUGUCCCAGGUAGAGCUGACGGAGAAAACAUGGAUGUCCAUGGACCCCAACCUUUCACCUCCAUACUGAGGAGGGCGGAAGAGGAGGUGACAUCUGGGGAGACCCCAUAGGAACACAGUCUAUAGCAAGCACCGCUCCUCCACAUCUUGAGGGGAGGCUAUGGAUGAACUGUGCCCCCCUAAUUUAUAUGUUGAACCCAACCCCCAACAUGAUGCCAUUUGGGCAUAGGGACAUUGGGAGGUCAUUAGAGUUAGAUAAAUUUAUGAGGGUGGGGCCCUCGUGAUGGGAUUAGUGCCCUCAUAGGAAGAGGCCAAAGAGCUUCCUGAUCCUCUCUCUCCAGCAUGUGAGUGCAGUGCAAACGUGGCCAUCUGCGAGCCAGGAGGAGGGCUCUCCCCAGAACCUGGCUACGCUGGCACCUUGAUGUUGGCCUUCCCAGCCUCCAGCAGUAUGAGAAAUAAAUUUCUGUUGUUUAAGCCACUCAGUCCUUGGUAUUGUAUUACGGCAGCCCAAGCAGACUAAGCCAAGACUCCUCCAGAAUGCCAUUAAAUAGCAAAUGAAAAUGGCGGGGGACCCAGCCGGUGUAGCUCAGUGGUUGAGUGUCAGCCCAUGCACUAAGAGAUCGCCGGU